AUGGUUAUGCCAUCAGUCAACCGGACGAGUUUGCACCCCACCGGUGUCCAGCCCGCCGUGGGACACACCGAGAUCGAGGAAGAACUCCACGAGACCGCCCACAUCGACUAUGACCGUGUUGCAAUUAUUGCCAACCCCUCCGUCGCCUCUCUCUACGAAGAUGCCCUCGUCUACGAGACUGGAACCGCCAUCACCUGCAGCGGUGCCCUCACAGCCUACUCCGGUGCUAAGACCGGCCGAUCCCCCCUCGAUAAGCGAAUUGUCAAGGAGGAGUCCUCGUCGAAAGACAUCUGGUGGGGACCUGUUAACAAGCCCAUGAGCCCCGAGGUCUGGAGAAUUAACCGCGAGCGUGCCGUCGACUACCUCAACACCCGCAACCGCAUCUAUGUCGUCGAUGGUUUCGCCGGAUGGGACGAGCGCUACCGCAUCAAUGUCCGCGUUGUCUGCGCCCGUGCCUACCAUGCUCUCUUCAUGCGCAACAUGCUUAUCCGUCCAUCUCGCGCCGAGCUUGAACACUUCCACCCCGACUACGUUAUCUACAAUGCCGGCUCUUUCCCUGCCAACAGAUGGACCGAGGGUAUGACCAGUGCCACCUCCGUCGCCAUCAACUUCGCCGAGAAGGAGAUGGUCAUCCUCGGAACCGAAUACGCCGGUGAGAUGAAGAAGGGUGUCUUCACCGUUCUCUUCUACGAGAUGCCAGUCAAGCACAACGUCCUCACCCUCCACUCUUCUGCCAACCAGGGCAAGGACGGUGACGUUACCGUUUUCUUCGGCCUGUCUGGAACCGGAAAGACCACACUCUCCGCUGACCCCAAGCGUGCCCUCAUCGGUGACGACGAGCACUGCUGGACCGACACCGGUGUCUUCAACAUCGAGGGUGGUUGCUACGCCAAGUGUAUCGGCCUCUCCGCUGAGAAGGAACCAGAUAUUUUCGGUGCCAUCCGCUUCGGCUCCGUCCUCGAGAACGUCGUCUUCAACCCAGAGACCCGUACCGUCGACUACGAUGACUCCACCCUCACCGAGAACACCCGCUGUGCCUACCCAAUUGAGUUCAUCGAGAACGCUAAGAUCCCAUGUGUCUCCGAUGGCCACCCCAAGAACAUCAUCCUCCUCACCUGUGACGCUCGCGGUGUCCUCCCACCAAUCUCCAAGCUCACCACCGAGCAGACCAUGUUCCACUUCAUCUCCGGCUACACCUCCAAGAUGGCCGGUACCGAAGAUGGUGUCACCGAGCCACAAGCCACCUUCUCCUCUUGCUUCGCCCAGCCCUUCCUUGCCCUCCACCCAAUGCGCUACGCCAAGAUGCUUGCUGACAAGAUCCGCGAGCACUCUGCCAACGCCUGGCUCCUCAACACCGGCUGGGUCGGUGCUGGUGCCACCACCGGCGGCAAGCGUUGCCCACUCAAGUACACCCGUGCCAUCCUCGACGCCAUCCACUCCGGUGAGCUCGCCAACGCCGAGUACGAGGUCUACGACACCUUCAACCUCCACGUCCCAACUUCCUGCCCUGGCGUUCCUUCUGAGCUUCUUAACCCCAAGACAUCCUGGACUGGCUCCGCCGACUUUAAGGAGGAGGUAACCAAGCUCGGUGUCCUCUUCAACGACAACUUCAAGAAGUACGCCGACGAGGCCACCCCAGAGGUCAUCGCCGCUGGACCCUCUGUCGCCGCCGCCAAGGUCGAAGAGACCGUCAAGUCUGUCCAGGAGGCCGUCAAGCCAGUUGAGGAGGCUGUCAAGCCCGUUGAAGACGCUGUCAAGCCUGUUCAAGACGCUGUUGUCAAGCCAGCCGUCAACGCUGUCGAGUCCGUCGUUGACCAGGUCAAGGCCGCCGUUGCUGAGCCAGAGAAGGUUCUCAACGGUGAUGCCCCCAGCUAA